AUGGCGUACAGCUCUCGCAUCCUCCUACAUCGGCUCCCGCAGUAUCGUCAAGUACUUCUCGUCCACAACCAAGCUCCCACUAUCGAGAUACUACGUCUUCGGGGACUUCAUCCACCGUUCAGCCCCCGCUCGCUCAGCCUCCCUAUGGCGAUUCAACGUCUUCGCUUGCGACUUAUGAUGGGCCACCCGUACCUUACAUCCUCCCCGUCCGCCUCUUCAACUACCGUCCCCAUCACAUCGCCACAUACCUCCUCUUUCCAAUCGGUUCCUGUCACUGCACCACAAUGGUCGAAGCCGACGGCCACUGCUGCAACUGCACCAUCGAAGGGAACGGCGCCAGUGCAGGAGAAAUCAAUCCUUCAGCCCCAAUCGCCGCCUCAGUCGAAACCAACGUUCACAUCUUCGCUGUUACGCUCACUCAAACUCAUGCAGGCCGCGAAUGCAGGUUCAAAGUCGGGUUCUACACCCUCCGCAUCCCCCUCGGUCUCUACACCAGCACUCGCGCCACAAACGUCAGGGUCGCCUACUCCCGCCGCCGCUACUACCAACUCUGCUAUCGCCGCUUCAUCCUCGACUACGAUUCCAACUGUGAAUCAUUCUGGCCAGAAACGUAAGCGGUCACACGAAAACGAGAAGGAAGACGACAGGUCGAGUGUAGGCAGCAGAGGCGGCGAUGGCAGAGAAGCGAAGAGGCACUCGAUGUCUGUGUCGAGGGAGAGGGGGCCGCUCGUGCAGGUCGGGAACGAGAAUGGGAUGAGGACGGAGGGUGGAGAGCCAGAGCCACUACUGCAGUCGGGACAAGGACAGGGACAGGGACAGGGAGCGAAGAAGGCUUCGGUGGAUGUGAUUGAUCUGACGGAGGAUGUCGAGCAGUUACACGUGCAGAGCGAUGGGGUGAUUGAAACGACCGGACCCGAGGAAGAAGAAGAGGAAGAGGAAGAAGAGAGGGAGACGUCGAUGAUCCCCGAGCUUUCGUACCCGCCUGAGGAAACAGCUGAUGGGACGCAGAUGGGUAUGGAUAUGGAUCUGGAUAUGGAUAUGGGUAUGGGUAUGGGUAUGGGCAACGUACCGCCGUUUAUAUUUCCCCUUCAAGACGCGAUCUUCAUUCCUGGUGGUGCGGUUGACGACGGGUCGGGGCCUAGGAUCGAGGAGGUGAUCGAGGACGAAGCUCAGACCGAGGUUCAUAUUGAGACGGUCAAAGGCGUCGUUGAGGAGGAAGAGGAGGAGGAGGAGGAGGAGGAAGAAGAGGAAGAAGGUGUGGCGGAUGUGGCGGCGGUAGUAAAUCCCGUGGACACGAGAGUCGUCCCACAGCCUCCAAUUCGCGACGCCCCAAUGGAUAUCGACGAGCCUUUCGUGCACAAACCGGACUUGCUGGUGUCUACCUCCGCCAAGAAACCACAUUCGAAUAUUUCGGGUCCGUCGUCGUAUACGGUACAGAACGAUUCAGACAAAGUAUGGACGACGCUCGGCGGGCCGCCCGUAUCACGGCCAGCUCCCCUCCCUCCCACCGCUUCUGGUUCCGGUUCCGGCCUUAUGUCUCGUUUCACUCGGGUCCAGGCAGAAGCAGAAGCGGGUCCAAGCGUCGCUUUUGACGACUUACAACCCGAUGCUGUUCCUGUCCCGAGGUCUAUCUCCUCUACCAUCUCUACCUCCACGUCGAAGAAAGUCAAAGGCAAGGCUAGAAAACAGGCGUACGUGCUCAUACCAUCGCCUCCGGAGUAUGUCAAGAGGGCUAGGGAGAAGGAGAGGGCUUUGAAGGCUUCUGUCAAGAAAAGGAAGGGGAGGUGGAUGAAUAGGGUGGAGAGUAGCGACGAGGGGGAGGUGGAUGUACAGGUGAUGGAGGAGGUGCGAGAGGUAGACGGAGAGGACGAAGAGGCUAUCGACAAGGCGGCGAGGCAGGCGAGGUCGAGGUUGAGGCUGAGGCCAUGUAAGUGGCACGAGUGUAGCGUUGUGGUGGAUUCGGAGGAGAAACUGUUGGAGCAUUUGAAGGACGUGCAUGUGGAGAAGGCGAAGGCGGAGAAGGGACAGAUGGGCUCCGCGUGUGAGUGGAACGGCUGUGAACACAGAGUUCCGAAGAUCGAGGCGCAUGUCCGAGAACAUGUCACUUCCGGGUUUUAUUGUGCAUACGAAGGCUGCGACGACUUCUUCGACCAAGCCCCCGCCCUCCUCGCGCACCAUCGCCACAACCACCUCCCGAGCGCUGAGCGCCCCAACGGCGACACUCUGCGCAGAUCCAUGAAACGACUGAUCAAGCCAGACCUGCAGAGACGGCCGUUAUCGGAGAUGAGCGAGGUGUUGCCGAGUUUUAUGGCGGUCACGUUGAGGGUGGGCAUGCCGAGGAUAUCGAAGGAGAGGCAUGAGACGUUGGGGCCUUGGGUGCUGAGGAAGCUGUUCCCUAUGGAAUCGGUCAGUCGGGAGGCCUUAAGACCCGUCAUGUCGCCCAUCCGACGCAGUUACCGGCGGAAUAAUCCCUCCUUACAAACACAGGCGGACGAGAACAGCGCGAUGUCGGCGGACGACGAGCUGCCGCGCGCGCACUCGAAUUCAGCUUCGAACGCGGUCGACCAUCUAAAGCUGAAACUAGGGGAGCAGUACGAGUUUUUGGAUAAGUGGACGCCGAGGAGAGCAGGUGGGAGUGUGGGUGGGUUCGAGGAUUUGGUGCAUGUGGAUGAUGGGCUGUGGGAGGUGGCGCGGUCUGAUGAAGAGGAGGAGGAAGAGGAAGAGGAGGAUGUGGAUGUGGAUAUCGAGGUGACAAGUGAGGAAGAGGAAGACGUGGAUAUUGAGGUCGAUGAGUUGGAAUCGGACGACGACCCAAUCGACUCUUUCUCGGACGUGCCGGGGCGGAAGAACGGGUAUGGGAGGUUGACGUUGAAGCUGCCAUCAUCAGCUUGGAGGUCGACUGCAUCCGCAUCAGGAUCAGCACCAGUGGCGGGCCCAUCAUCAGCAAUAACAUCAGGAUCGCCGACGCAUCGGGUCGUGCUCAAGGUUCCUCCUAGGCCUGAUCUUUCAACUCCGUCUUUUUCCACCAGUGUCAGUCCGACGACGAGCAAGUAG